CAGAAGACAACAAGAGUCGUUGCUGAAUACAGCAAACCUAUGACAGGAAUCUUCUUUCUGCUAUACUGGUCGGCGUCGGUUUCUCCAUGUAUUUUCCCUGCAGCUCGACUAUAGUAUUUGUAGAAAUUCCCACAGAAUUUAGAUAAGCGUACGGCGCAGGCGCAACCAGGGACACAGCGAUAGCGACACGAGGUCGCUUGUGACAACAGCUCUCGAGCACGCGUUUGUUGUCCCAGUAGACGAUAAAGAGUGACAUGCUUGCAGUCUAAGUGAAAAAUCUCUUUGCAGCGACUUCUGGAUACAUUUUCCUGAGCCAGAAGAGGGAUAAAAUGCGUUCUCCCCCCGACGUCGAGCUCUCUUCCAAUAGCAGAGCCGCGAUGGUUUCCUUUGUAUAAGAAGUGGGUGGGUUGUUUCCCAGCAGAAGUUUGGGUUUGAUGGUCAAGGCAUCCUUAAGGCGCUUGAAACGAUUCGCGACAAGCUCCGCGAUCUGCCGCCCGUCGAGCCAACUUCCCAAACCAAAAAUCGAGCGAAGGGAGGAGACCCGAUCCCACCGAAGGAAGACGAGGAAUUUGAAAAAACGCUGCUAAGCGUCCGAGACAAGCACGAGCACGGGUUUAUGUCGGAAAAGUGCAGAGAUUUUUACAAAGACACGCUGGAGAAGUACCUAUGGAACGCCCCGCGCCCCAAAACGAUCAAACUCUCCCUGCGAAAGACCCCUUUUACUUCGGUAUCUAUUCGUGGCCAGUCAUUCUUGCAGUUAGUUGCUUCCGAGGAGGUAAAGCGCGUGCGUUUGCAUCUCCAGUUCGUUUUGCAGCUGCGUGUGCCGCCAUUUUUCGGCGAGCGGAUGCGUUUCUGCGCUUCGGGUCAUUUUGGCGACCCGAGCCAGCGAUGGGACACGCACCUUGCCUCUAGCAGCGGCCAUAUCCCGCUGGUGUGCGUUUCGAAAGUACUUAUAGUACUUGGAGGCCGAGGGCGAGGCCCCUCAGGCUGCAAAGGUCUCGCAAAAGCGUG